AUGCCCCCUCACGAAGGACUGGUCCACCCCAAAGAAUACGACAUCAAGGACAGCAAUGUGGAACUAAUCGGUUCCGACCUUGACCACCGUGUCAAGUACAACUCCGCCGCUACCGAGCCCGCUUGGAACAACGGAUCUAUCGGCCAGGAGCCGGGUCUGUUCGUGUGGAGGAUCGAGAACUUCGAGGUUAUACCAUGGCCCAAGGAGCGUACGGGAGAGUUCUAUAACGGAGACAGCUACAUCGUGCUGCACUCGUACAAGGUUGGGGACAAGCUGGGUCAUGACAUCUUCUUCUGGCUGGGCAGUAAGACCACCCAGGAUGAAGCCGGUACAGCCGCUUACAAGACGGUCGAGCUGGAUGAAUUCCUGCAUGGCACCGCGACGCAGCAUCGCGAGAUUGAACAGGAGCCAUCCGAGGAAUUCUUGGGACUGUUCCGGCACAUCUCCAUACGGUCGGGCGGCGUGCGGUCUGGAUUCCACCACGUCGAGCCUGAAGCACCCAAGGAGAUUCUCACCUUGCUUCGCGUAUUCAAGCAUCCUUCUGUAGGUCGCUCGAUUAUCGUGCACGAGGUGGAGCCCACCUGGGAAAGCCUCGACGAGAAUGAUGUGUUCGUGCUGGACAAGGGUGAUAAGAUCUGGGUCUGGCAGGGCAAGAACUGCAGCCCCAUGGAGAAGGCCAAAGCUGCGCAGGUGGUCAAUGACAUGACUCUUGCUAAGCACAUUGAUGUCGAGGUUCUGUCGCAGCUCGAGUCGCGCUCCAGGGUCAUUGUGGACUUGCUGGGAGGCAAGGAGGCCGACCCAUCCACAUUCCAGGCUCCGCGACCGGGGCGUUUCGCCAAACGCACGGACGACGGCGGCGAUGUGCGGUCACGCAAGCUCUUUAGACUGAGCGACUCGUCCGGCACACUCACUUUCGACCUAGUCAAAGAUGGCCAGCGUGUGAGCAAGUCCGACUUGGUUGGAAACGACAUCUUUCUCUACGAUGUUGGCAGUCGGCUGUGGGUCUGGCAAGGCUCCGAGGCCAGCCAGCGUGAGAAAGCGCUGUGGCUCAAGGUUGCCCAACACUACGUCCGUCAGCUGCAGAACCAGCUCCCAGAGGCACACUACAUCCCGAUCGCCAAGGUCGUGGAGGGCUACGAGAGCCCAGCAUUCAUGAGAGCCAUCGAGGCCUAG